CAUGCAUCUCAUUGGAUUGACGAUGGUGAAUGAUUGUCAUAAAGAUAAUAAAACGAUGCUGAUCCGCAUGCAUCGUUAGAACACAGACGGCUCUUUUUUUUUUCCCUUGUCGCAUUCACGUCUUUGCAAAUUCAUCAUCAUGGCAGUGUUGACCAAACGUUACUCAUGCCUGAUAUUGCAAGGUGUGAUUUUUCUGUACGUUAUUGGUUCGCUCGUGUACGUGGCCCAUCGUCACUUCAACAAUCCGCAAGGAUGGAAUCCAUCCUUUGGCCAUCGUCGCCCUCAGAUACGUAUCCCCUACAAUCCAUCUUACGCAGAUCAACCGUCUUCCUACACCAUCGGUCCAUACCAUAAUCCCGAACAAAUGGUGAUUCAGCUUCCUGCACCUGGAAAUACGACGCAACGUGUGAAAGCCGGGUUCGUCAGCCUGGUGCGAAAUAAUGAACUCAUUGGCAUGCUUUCGUCCAUGCGUGAUAUGGAGGAACGGUUUAAUAAAAAGUACAACUAUCCUUGGCUUUUUCUAAACGAUGAACCAUUCACCGACGAGUUUAUUGCACGUACCUCAGAAAUAACAAACGCCAAAACUUAUUACGCACUGGUGGACAGUUCCAUGUGGUCAUACCCACCUCACAUUAACCAAACAUUGGCAGCAGAAGGAAGAAAAUUACUCGAAUCUCUGCCUUAUGGUGACAGUGAAAGCUACCGUCACAUGUGCCGUUUUCAAAGCGGUUUCUUUUGGCGCCAUCCCAUGCUUCUUGAACUCGGAUGGGAAUACUACUGGCGGGUUGAACCUUGGGUACGAUUUUACUGUGAGCUCGACUAUGACCCGUUCUUGUACAUGAAAGAAAACAACAAACAGUAUGCUUUUACCAUUAGUUUUAUCGAGCAUGGUGGCACGAUUCCCACUUUAUGGAGUGCUGUCAAAGAAUUUGUGCGCUUGUCUCACAGCAAAGGCAACCGGUAUUUCUCACGUCCCGCCAGCGACUCAUUGUAUCGAUUCAUCACCAGUCCGACCGCCGAGGAAUACAACAUGUGUCAUUUCUGGACCAAUUUUGAAAUUGCUCGUGUAGACCUGUGGCACACCCAAGCUUACCAAGACUAUUUUAAUUUCUUGGACCAACUCGGUGGAUUCUUCUAUGAAAGAUGGGGUGAUGCGCCAGUGCAUUCAAUUUUCGUAGCGUUGUUCUUGCACAAGGAGCAAAUUCAUUUCUUUAAUGAUAUCGGCUACCGUCAUGCCGAGUACGAACGUUGCCCGGAUCAGGAAAACCUGCUCAAGCGUUGUUACUGCAAUCCCGCCAAGAGCAUUGAUUUUGCGGACCCUAUGAGUUGUCUGAACCAAUACAUGGAUGCUCAACACAGUCUACCAGAAGAGGACCAAUUGACUGUCAGUGAUAUUAUGUUACAAACUUGAAGACUUUAUCAUUUUAUAAAUCGCUUGACCGUCAGGCUCUUGUAUGAUAUCAGUAAAAGCAGACAACAGCUCAUCAGAAACAGAUUGCAAUUAUAUAUCAUAGAAAUUUUUAGUGCAGUGGCAAUGUCCAUGACAGACAAAGCAACGGAC